CGUCAGCAGCAACACAGAGAAGAGCAGGAAGAGGGGGACGGAUAGAGUCGGAGAAAGUGCCAAGGUGUGAUCAGUGAAGGCAGGAGAGCUAGUUUGAAGAGUUUGAAUUUCAGAGGGAAACACAAGAUAAAGAGGCUAGUGAGUGAGAGCGAGAGAGAGAGAGAGAGAGAGCACAGCUGAGGGGUGUGUCAUAACAAUUUAGUUCCUCAAGGAAGUACAACUCAACAUUAUCUUAAGACAGGGUGGUAGCAGUGACAGCAGCGCAGCAGGAGGGCUGUUUUCUUUGGUGGUUUUGUUUCUGCAUGGUGGAGAUGAAGGGAUCUCAUUGAAUCGGCCGGCCUGAGCUGUCAACGUGAGACACAGCAGAGGGAGAGACAUAUCUGACAGACCAGGAGGGAGGGGGAAUCACUCACACAGACACAGGCAACCAUGGAGGCCUUCAGCUCAAAGGACAUGGCCAUGAGGGCGCAGAAGAAGAUCCUCAGCUCCAUGGCCAGCAAAGGCUCCGUCCAAAUGUUCAUAGACGACACCACCAGCGAGAUCCUGGAUGAACUGUACCGGGUCUCCAAAGAGUACUCAGGUAACAAAUCUGAGGCCCAGAAGGUGAUCAAAGAUCUGAUCAAGAUAGCUGUGAAGAUUGGCGUGCUGUUCAAGAACAACCGCUUUAGCACAGAAGAGCUGGUGGUGGCCACGGAUUUUAAGAAGAAGCUGCACCUGGGGGCCAUGACGGCUAUCAGCUUUUAUGAGGUGGACUUUACCUUUGACAAGGCUGUCAUGGAGGAACUCCUGACCACUUGCCGAGAUCUGCUCUUGAAGCUCGUGAACACCCACCUCACCCCAAAAUCCCACGGUCGCAUCAACCACGUCUUCAACCAUUACUCCAACCCCGAGCUCCUGACCCAACUGUAUGAACCCAGCGGGCCUUUCCGACCCCACCUCACCAAGAUCUGCAAAGGACUCAACAAACUGGUGGAGGAAGGGACAAUAUGAUAUAAACAAUGACAUGUCAGUCAGACACUGGGAGAUCUAUGAACAGACUCAGAAACUGUUGGACGAUUUCAGUCUUACUGCUGCUGAGGACAGCAGCUUAUGACGAGAUGUGAGAACAAAACUGAUGCCUCAUUGUUCUCAGAGAACAAGUGGGAUGAAACAAAGUUGUCUGAGUCAUUCCUCAAGUUUUUUUUAAAUCUAAAGGUGAUACAUAACUGUGUUAUUGUGAUAUACAUUUCACAGAAACUGAACUUGAAUAUAAAAUUGUUUAUAUCAGCUGUUUAUUAUAUUACGACAUGUCAGCCUAUGUUUGAUAUCAGAGACCUUGAAAUGCUCCAUUUUUAACUACUGAUGUUUCUUAAAGAGGAGGGGAUAAAGUGCCUGUGCAGAUUGCAUUAAGACAAAAGAUGGGAAGCAAUUUCACUGUAAUACAGCACUGCCAUCUAGUGGUCAAGAUGAUGCUUGAGCAGCUCAAUGUAAUGUAUUUACUGAGGCGUCCAGAAGACAAGGAACAAUAAAGUGAAUAUCCCCACACAGGAUGACCAAGUUUGUAGUUUGAGCUACUCAGCAUGUUUAAAAAGUACCAUCAAACAGACCGACUUUGAUGGUUUUUACUGAUUUCCCUGCUGAAUCCUCUUAUUCCUGUUUUUCUAAAGAUUAAAUAGUUGGUCAUAUUCUUUGGAUUUUUCAUUGCUGAGACAUUAAAAGUCAGGAGACAAAAAAUUCACACCACAGUUCCUCCAAAAAUUCCUUCAUUUAAUAUCUACCUGCAAAUUGCAAUAAGGUACAGAAGUCAAACAAUUCAGUGGCAGGCUGGCAACACACUCCAAGAUUCAAGGCUGGGUUUUGGGUCUGAUUUUCCCUCCACAGGGGAUGUGGCCUGGUCUGAAGCUUGUUACAACUGACUUUUUGUUCAACCAGUCCUCAAGUGUCAAGCCAAUAUGAAUAUUUUUACUUUUCCCGAUCAAGUGAGAGCUGUCCCGGUCUCAAACUAUGAACAUUUAACAUGUUUGGUAUGUUCAUUCCAAGUUGGGCUGCCCCUGAUAGGAUACCACCGGUAGUCAGAGUGAGCAAACCAGGAAUGCCACCAGCUGGAUGCUGCACACUAAAAGAGCACAAACAUGGAAGUAGCCAUGAUCGAAAGUGGGGCAAUCAAUCCAAAUUUAGAUUAAAUUGCAAUUUAGGCUUCUGCAGUUUUCAAAUCACAGAAGGUGCAACAUUUCUUUGACCUAAAAUUUUUGCCAAAAAAAACAAAAAAGAUGUUAUAAUGACACAAGCAACUUUUUAAAUGUCAAUUUCUUCAGGAAUAGUAAAUUUUGUACUUCCUUAUUUUUGAUAAUAUAUUUCUUUUUAAAAGUGGGAAUAACAAAAAAUGAUUAUUCCCUUCAAUACAACAAUUCAUAAUACUCACAAUAUGUGUCAGAGUACUUGGAAUUUAAAUCUAAUAUUAUGAUUUAAAUCUAAUAUUAUGGUGGUUAUGUUUGAUGCAA